CAAGAGCGGCACGAGGUCCAGGCCAGUAUGGAAGCGCAGCCCCCGCGCGCCGUGCGAGCGGCAUGGCUAAUGGCACGGCUGGUACUGAGACCCCUUGGUGGCAACAUGUGCCGGUGCCGAAUUUCCAGCAGGUCGGAAACGAUACGGAGACACUUCUAGACAUUGUGAGCCGAAUUGCGUCGGCGUUCCUCGUGGUGCUGAUUAUCGGCCUCUGCGUGGCGUGGGCCUGGUUCAGGAGAAAGUUUCACAAGCAGCCAGACGCCAGAGGCCACAAGAGCAGCUGGACCCGGCGGCACAAGAUCAGGGAGGGCUUUUACAACUACUGUUGCUGCGGUUACUGCUGCCACGACUUCUACCGAAGAAACGGGUUCGACGCACUACAGGUCGGGCGGACUCUACGAGUGACGCUAUUGCAGGCUGUCAAGAUCCAGAAGCAGAUUGAUAUUUAUUUCGAGGUUUGGACAGAACCGUCUGAGGGCUACCCAAAGAACUCGCGCGUCCACACGCGCGCUGUGGGAAGUUGCAGCUUAGGAGGUGAACAGCUCGAGCUCGAUUGGUAUGGGGACGAGGAAGAGGUGGUGCUGCAGGCCGUGCACUACAGCGCGAAGCAGGGCGGGGACGUCCCGCUCGCCGAGCUCAGGAUCCCCCGCGCGGCCGUCGAGAAGUACGCGAAGGAGGCGUCUGGCCGACGUGCUCAAUCUCCGGACUCUAAACGUGGUGCAAGGCUAUUCACGUUCCGAGGGCUCACGAAGCAGGAGAAAAGCCUACGCUUGCAGCGCUUCGGCAAGGCGAAGGGGAUCAACGCUGCAGAUGCGGUGCCGCUCCUGCCGGCCUCCAUCACGAAUUCCCUGGAGGAGCACGGGAUGGCCAUAGUGACCCUCGCGGAGAAGGAGAUCCUCGACAGAGACCUCAAGGACGCAACCAAGACCAGAGCCUCCUCGCUGGCCCGCAAGAGCAAGGGCGAUGCGGAAGAGGAUCAUGACAAGGUAUUCAUGGAGGUGGCCCUGAAAUGCGAAUUUGUACAGCCAGAGCAGUUCCCUGUUGGACCCACCACGUUCAGAUCCUCGUCCUUCCAAUCUUGAAGAGUUGGAAGGCGUAGGUCUUCCCCGGGUGGCGGUGUGCGGCCUGGGGCGCGGCGUGAGGCCAAUCGUGGAGCAGAAGGUGCACACCUGCCUCGGUCUCCCCUCCUCCCUUUCCCCCUCCCCUCCUCCUCUCUCCCCCUCCCCUCCUUGCUCCCCCCUGUCCUUCCUCCCUUCUCAUGCUGCCUGCUCCCUCUUGUUCCUUCUCUCC